AUGACAUUAUCUUAUCGGCUUAUUCCGGAAAGAACUGCCGACGGUGUGUACGUAGCUAAAGUUGGCUUCCGUCCACCGUUUGUGACCGAUGAGGGAGGCUCGAUCAAUCUCAAUGUCACCUACGAGUACUGCCCUCCGGAGGAAGAUGGCCGACGCCCCCGAGGUUACAGCGAACACUAUAACACUAAUGAUGCUGACGAUUCGGAGAAGCAGACGGAGAGAGAGGACACAAUGAAGGGCGCCGGAGACGAGAAUGAUGACCAGGAAGCGGAUGCUGCGUAAGUAGUGAAAUCGUGCCGACAUCCAAAGAGGAAAAGCCAGCUAAUAUAUGCCUCAUUUGUUCGGAAGUUUCUUGUUAUUUUGGGUGAAUCAGACAAGCCGAUUUACAGACCUGGCGAGAACAUUCGCUUUCGCUUCAUUGCCCUUAAUUCACGUCAACUUCAACCAACUACUGAAGAGUCAAAGUGGCCUAAAUUUCGAGUUGAUCGACAGGAUUACUUUGAUCCCAAAUUCGUCGAAGUCGCAGAAGACGAGAGACAUCAACGUCAAGCAUCUCCACAAUUUGAUGUGAUCUACGUAGAAGAUCCGAGUGGAAAUCGAGUGAAGGAGUGGAGACAUGUCUCGCAGAUGACGGCAUUGAAUUUGUCCUUUUCUCUGCUGUCCGAUGCAUCCGAAGGCGUUUUGCUUCUCGUGGCCAAGGUUUUCACCAGCAGUCAAACUCUGUAAGUUGAUGUGAAAAAUUACGCUCUUCCACGUUUUCUAGCUUCCAUUCAGGUCCCAAAGGAGGUGGACAUCAACGCUGAGAAGACACACUUUAACGUCGGUGCAAGUUACACCAACGGAAAUUCCUUCCAGGGACAUUACGAUGCUCAGAUCUGCGUCUGUUCUGGAAUGGAAUUAAGACGGCAGCAGCAGAGCCUGGGCGUUCCGUUUGAUAAUGAUAUGUGCCCGUCUGGCCCCUAUUCGAGAAGGCCUGCAAGUCAGUGUCUUCGUGUUGCUGGCAGCCUUUCCGGUACACCUGAGAAGGGCGGGUGUGCACGUGGGAGAGCCAACGUGAAAUCCUUGAUGCAACAGGCUGGAGGGAGGUAUGGUUGGGGGAGCCAAGUGGUCGGUUUCAUCGUCACUAUCACUGAGGCGGAUACGAGGUCGGCGGUGAUACAGUUCGGUCAGGCUGAAAUUCGUCGUUUUCGCGCCCGCAAACUGAGUCUAGAAAUAGAUCGUGCUUAUCAUCCAGGUUUGCCCAUUUACGGCAGGGUGCGUCUGAAUGAAAUGAAUACUGUUGCAAUGGGUUCUCCAACGAGAGUCAACCUAAGGAUUUCUGAAAUACUCAAUCACUGUGGCACCUGGUAUGGAGGUGGGGACAGUUUCAAUCCGGACAUAUAUUCCAGACAAUUGACGCUGAAUUCCGAUGGUGUUGCUUCUUUUAUUCUGCCGCCAGUAAAUAGUCGAAGAGAACUUCAGGUAAAAGUGGCCUUACUACGUGACGAAACAAUUUCUGCCACCGCCGCCACCAUUACCCCGUCUACCACCAUUACCACCGCUACCACCACUGCCACUCCUAAUACCGCCGCCGACACCAAUAACACCGCCACCACCACCCCCGCCACUAACACACCCCCACCACCCCCUCAACACAUAAUCCCUCCGUUUUGGCAGCCCCACGAGAGUCAUGCGGAAGUAUAUACGUCUGAAUCGUUGAGACGCUGGAGAUCACUGGGUAGUCUGGCCCUCAAAGUAAGAAGUAUAAACGGUGACUCACCGGUGCACUGCCCUGGAAGCCUAAAUCUUACUAUCAUGGCUAGUGCACCCCUGGCAGGGAAGACACUCUUCCUUGAGUACCUCUCGCGUGGUGUGCCGACACAGCGGUCCGCAGUUCUGCAAUCUGCGAGUUCGAGCUACGCCUGCCUCAACGAGGACAGCGAUCUGGGACACUACACCUGUAAUGCCGGCUUCAAGCCAGGAGAAGUGGGCGAGAUCAGCUGUCUGCGGGGUUGGACUGGUGAGAACUGUCUGACACGCUGCGACAGGGAUGGCUUCUGA